CCGCUCGCCCGGGCCCGGCUCCGGAUAAAUGGGGGGCGGCACUCGGGAGCCGCGGCGGAGGCGCAGGCGGAGCCGGAGCGGAGCGCGGCUCGGGCAGCACGGGCAGCAGCCGCAGCAGGAGCAGGAUGCGGGCGGGCGGCCCGCGGCGCUGCCGCUGCUGGCGCUGGCGCUGCUGACGGCGCAGGGCGGAGCGGCGCCCCUGCAGCCCGGCGGGCCCCCCGCGCUCACCAAGAUCUACCCCCGCGGCAGCCACUGGGCUGUGGGACAUUUAAUGGGGAAAAAAAGCACUGGAGAUUUUCCUUAUGGUUCUGAAGAAGAAAACAAGGCACAGUUUUCAGCAUUACCUGACAAUAUCAAGCAGCUGGAGGAGUAUCUGCAGUGGGAAGAAAUCUCAAAAUAUUUGCUAAGGCUGCUGGAAAGCAAUGAAAAUAAAAGUGGUCACUUUUUAAAAGGAGGGCUUCCCUGGUAUACCAGGAACACCUGGGAGACAGAUGACAAUAGCGGUUGGAAACAUAUGAUGGACUAUCUGCUUCAAGUUGUGAAUAUGAAAGAGAGCACUCCAAGCUGAAAGAAGAUCACUAAAUCAUGAAGAAAUUAAAUACUUUCUGUAAGAGACUAUAUUUCACAAGCACUUGAUUGUAUCAGAUAAUCAACAAGGUCGCUUUUCUGUACACAAGAAUUCUUUUGUGUAAAGUACUUAAAUACACAUAUUCUUGUAUGGUUCAGCAAGGACUAAAUCAUCUACUUCAUUUUCAAGGUUGCAUUUUCUCAUUUGAAUGGCUUUGAGAUAUUGAGAUGUAUAUAUAUAUAUCUAUAUAUCUGUAUAUAUAGAUAGAGAUAUAUAUUGUCACAGAAGGGUCUUCCAAUUAAUUAUAUGACUUACUUAUCAAAUCAUUUAUCUCUUAGUUCGAAACUGACAUGACAUUGCAACAUUCGCAAUAAAAAGUACCGAGAAAAAG